AUGUCAGCAUGUUGCUGUUGGAGCACAAAUCAACGAGUCUAUUCUGGAGGACCAACCUAUUCCCAGUAUCCGCCGUUACCACCGCCACAAAGCCCACUACAGUCUGCUUCAUCCGGUGACGCUAUUUCAAGUGUUGUUUCCAGCCCUGUUGGAAGACCGGUUGUUGUGGCUGCUGCAGCGAACAAAGGACCCACACAACCAAUUGUUCAAGACCAAUUGCUUAAUCAAAUUCUCGGUCGAAGUGUUUCAUUACACGAUUUUGACUCGAAUGGUUACAAUGCAGAAGGCGGCGGACCUGUUAAUAGCGGAAAUGCACUGUCAUGCAACUUUGAUAGUCGUCCUUGUUGUUGGGCAAAUGUUCCACCACCAGAAGACCAAUUGGAUUGGCAACUAGCAACUGUAUUACCAGAUACACCAGCUGCAAAUAAUGCUCCAGCACCAGGCGGUAGUUAUUUGAUUGCUCAUGCCAGUAAUGCAAUUUCCACUGAUGAAGCUCAAUUUGCUUCAUGUGCAAUCGCCUGUGCUUCAUCAGAGAUCAUUGUUCGCGUUAGACAUUGGCAAUCAGAAAAUGUCCUCCUUCAAGUAUGUUUGAAAGAAUCGUUCCCCAAAACGGCUGACGUAAAUCCUCCAAUGAAUUGUCAGGAACUACCUUAUGUCUCUGGUUUAGCGGUUACGGAAGUCAUCCUACCAAAAGCCUCCCUUGUUGAUAUUGUUUUCAUAGCAAGCAACUUUGUGGGUAGAAAUGGUGAUAUUGCAAUCUUGGACGAUAUUGAAGUAUUUUAUGAUACAAACGGUGAAGAAUGUACAGUAGAGCAAACUGAGAUCGUGAAUAGUGAAAUGAAUGUCGAUCAUGAGAAACAGACAGCUCUAUCUAGCGACAGUUUAGGCGAUUCUGUCGACAGCGGUAUUCGAGGAUCUAAUGCAGAACGUGUUACACCAGGACCACUUUCAGCUGGUGAUGCUUCGCCAGAAACGAUCUGCAGAGCUGCUAAAUGCAAUUUCGAAUCUGGUACCACAUGUCUUUACAAAGACGUUUAUCAAACAGAAUCACUCCGAGGUAUGACAACUCUGUUUAAGGUUGUUUCCGGUCAGUAUAUGAAUAGGAUAACUGGAAUCAAAGAAGGAACUGAAGGCAAAUUCUAUGCGGCAACAUUUUUGUUCCCGAGAGAAAGUGCUGGAUUGGCUGUAACAGUACCAGCAUCUAAUCAGGCAACAAGAUUACGAUUCCAAUUUUAUGAAGGAACACAUGGAGUACAGCUGAAGGGAUGCUGUGAUAAUAUUGAUAACUGUACCUUCCAAUCAGAUAAAUUUGUCAGUAUCACAGAUCGAACAUGGAAGAUCACUGAAUUUACCUGCCCAGCUGGUACUUCAAGGAUAAUAUUUGUUUGCCAGAAUACCAGAACUAAUCAGGGAGCCUGUGCAAUUGACGAUAUUCAAGUGAUUGAUCCAUCUGUCAGUGACCUAAGGAGUGCAGCAUCGCUC